UACCCAACAUUUCCAACAUCAAAUGGAACCCGGAAAGAAGAAGUGGAGAUUCCGAGGGAAUAGGGAGCUCAACUCAGCUGCCAUCACAGUUCAUGGAGUUAUGGAGAUGCUGAUGGAGAAGAUUAACAAAGACGACAACCGCCCUAUCAUUCCACUUGCCCGCACCGACCCUUCAACGUUUGCAUGCUUUCGGACUACGCCGGUGGCCGUAGACGCCGUUGCCGAGGCUGUGCAGUCGUUUGAGUUCAACGGUUAUCCGAACACCGUCGGUGUAGUUUCAGCAAGAAGGGCUAUUGCAGAAUAUCUAUCACACAACCUCUUGUACGAAAUAUCCCCAGAAAAUGUUUAUCUUACAAUUGGUUGCACACAAGCAAUAGAAAUCAUAGUCUCAGUGCUUGCUUAUCCUGGAGCUAACAUUCUGCUUCCUAGACCUGGUUACCCACACUAUGAAACUCGAGCAGAUUUUAGCAACCUCGAAGUUCGACAUUUCGAUCUCCUACCGGAAAAGGCUUGGGAAGUCGAUCUCGAUUCUGUUGAAGCUCUUGCUGAUCGCAACACUACUGCUAUUUUCAUAAUUAACCCUGGAAAUCCUUGUGGAAAUGUCUUCACUUUUCAACAUUUGAAAAAGAUUGCUGAGACUGCAAGAAAACUUGGGAUUUUCGUGAUCUCGGAUGAAGUUUAUGCUGGUCAAGCUUUUGGAAGCAAUCCAUUUGUGAGCAUGGCAGAAUUUGCAACAAUUGUGCCGGUUAUAAUACUUGGGUCUUUGUCAAAGCAAUGGGUUGUUCCUGGUUGGAGAUUUGGUUGGAUUGUGGCGUGUGACCCCAAUGCCAUACUUCAACAAUCUGGGAUCUUGGAAUGCAUUAAGAACUAUAUUGAUAUCUCAGCUAACCCCCCAACAUUCCUUCAGGAGGCACUUCCUCAAAUCCUGGAGAAAACAAGAAGUGAAUUUUUUUCAAAUAUUCUUCAUGUAUUAAGAGAAGAUGCACAAAUUUGUUACGAUGGAAUUAAGGAAAUUGGUUGCCUUACUUGCCCACACAAACCAGAAGGAUCAAUGACGGUUAUGGUAAAGCUGAACUUAUCCCUUCUUGAAGGCAUUAGUGAUGAUAUGGACUUUUGCCUCAAGCUAGCUAAAGAGGAAUCUGUAACUGUUUUGCCAGGUUUUGUUGUUGGACUUAAAAAUUGGCUGCGAAUAACUUUUGCCAUUGAUCCUUCUUCUCUUGAUGAUGGGCUUAAGAGGAUGAAAGCCUUCCAUGAAAGACAUGCUAAGAAGCUCUAAGAUUUGGAAAAUAAAAAUCAAUCAUGAUUUAAUUUAAUUUCAUGUUGAACCUAUAUAUACAUGGUUAUGUGUCAAUACUAUCGUUUGAAGGAAUG